GGGCUGAGCUUCCAUUUGGCUGCUGUGUUGUUGUCCCUCGGCUUCAUCACUUACAUUGAACACGUUCUCAGAAAGAGGUUGUCUGUCAUCUUUGAUGCCUGUAUACUCUCCAAGAAGUGUCAACCAGGAUGCUCACAUCGCCACAGCACGAAUCUCUGGGUUCGUCUCCUCAACCUGCUCUUUGGGGCUCUUGCUGUCUUCCACUUGGCUUACUUAGGCUCAUUAUUUGAUAUGGAUGCCGAUGACACUAUGGAAGAACAG